GAGGAAGGAGAUUGUGUUUUGGCGGCUGACGUUUUGUCUAGCGGGCAAUAGCACGGUUUACAGCAGUUCGGUCCCUGCGUCGUAUCGGGAAGCUGGAAGAAAGGUCAUAAACAUGAAACGCAGUUCAUUUUCUACCGGUGGUGCUGGCCGCCUCUCUAUGCAGGAAUUAAGAUCCCAGGACUUAAAUAAACCAGGCCUCCAUACCCCUCAAACCAAAGAGAAAUCAACCUUUGGAAAAUUGAGUAUUAACAAACCCACAUCUGACAGAAAAGCCUCUGUAUUUGGUAAAAGAACUAGUGGACAUGGAUCCCGGAAUAGUCAAUUUGGUAUAUUUUCCACUUCUGAAAAAAUCAAGGACCCAAGACCACUUAAUGACAAAGCAUUCAUUCAGCAAUGUAUUCGACAGCUCUGUGAGUUUCUUUCAGAAAACGGUUAUGCAUAUAGCGUAUCCAUGAAAUCUCUACAAGCUCCUUCUGUUAAAGACUUCCUAAAGAUCUUCACUUUCCUUUAUGGCUUCCUGUGCCCUUCGUAUGAACUUCCUGACACAAAGUUUGAAGAAGAGGUUCCAAGAAUCUUUAAAGAUCUUGGGUAUCCUUUUGCAUUAUCGAAAAGCUCCAUGUAUACAGUGGGGGCCCCUCAUACAUGGCCUCACAUUGUGGCAGCCUUGGUUUGGCUAAUAGACUGCAUCAAGUUACAUAAUGCCAUGAAAGAAAGCUCACCUUUAUUUGAUGAUGGACAGCCUUGGGGAGAAGAAACUGAAGAUGGAAUUAUGCAUAAUAAGUUGUUUUUGGACUACACCAUAAAAUGCUAUGAGAGUUUCAUGACUGGUGCCGACAGCUUUGAAGAGAUGAAUGCAGAGUUGCAGUCCAAGCUGAAGGAUUUAUUUAAUGUAGAUGCUUCCAAGCUGGAAUCAUUAGCAGCAAAAAACAGAGCAUUGAAUGAACAGAUUGCAAGAUUGGAACAAGAAAGAGAAAAAGAACCGAAUCGCCUAGAGUCAUUGAGAAAACUGAAAGCUUCCUUACAAGCAGAUGUUCAAAAAUAUCAGGCAUACAUGAGCAAUUUGGAGUCUCAUUCAGCCAUUCUUGACCAGAAAUUGAAUGGCCUCGAUGAAGAAAUUUCUAGAGUAGAACUAGAAUGUGAAACAAUGAAACAGGAGAAUUCUCGACUACAGAAUAUUGUUGAUAACCAGAAGUACUCAGUUGCAGACAUUGAGAGAAUAAAUCAUGAAAGAAAUGAAUUGCAGCAGACCAUUAAUAAAUUAACCAAGGACCUGGAGGCUGAACAGCAGCAGUUGUGGAAUGAGGAACUGAAAUAUGCCCGAGGCAAAGAGGCGAUUGAAACACAAUUAGCAGAGUAUCAUAAGUUGGCUAGAAAAUUAAAACUUAUCCCUAAGGGUGCUGAAAAUUCCAAAGGUUAUGACUUUGAAAUUAAGUUUAAUCCUGAAGCUGGUGCCAACUGCCUUGUCAAAUACAGAGCUCAAGUUUAUGUACCACUCAAAGAACUCUUGAACCAAACUGAAGAAGAAACUAAUAAAGCUCUAAAUAAAAAGAUGGGGUUAGAGGAUACUUUAGAACAAUUAAAUACAAUGAUCACAGAAAGCAGGAGAAGUGUGCGAACUCUGAAAGAAGAAGUUCAAAAGCUGGAUGAUCUUCACCAACAAAAAGUUAAGGAAGCUGAGGAAGAGGACAAAAAAUGUGCCAAUGAGCUGGAGUCCUUGGAGAAACACAAGCACCUGCUGGAGAGUGCAGUUAACGAGGGCCUCAGUGAAGCUAUGAAUGAGUUAGAUGCUAUUCAGCGGGAAUGCCAACUAGUUGUGCAGACCACAACUGAAGAAAGACGAAAAGUGGGAAAUAACUUGCAGCGUCUUUUAGAGAUGGUUGCUACACACGUAGGGUCUGUAGAGAAACAUCUUGAGGAGCAGAUUGCUAAAGCUGAUAGAGAGUAUGAAGAAUACACGUCUGAAGAUCUCUUGGACAAUAUUAGAGAGAUUGGAGACAAGUAUAAGAAGAAAGCUGCUCUACUUAAGGCUUCUGAUGAAUGAAGAUAAAAUGGUGAUUAAGCGAGAACUUUAUUAACAGUGGAAAUUUUGAAAUGUCCUUUGUAGGUUUGAAAAAUCUCUUAGCAUAUCCUAUAUCCCUCCUUACAAUGAAGUCUCAUGACCACAUCUUCCCAAGCCCGUGAAAUAUUUUUAUAUCUUUUAUAAAUCUAGUUCAUUAACUUAAGGUAUGUAUAACCUGAAAUUAUAACUGGUUGGACUGUUAUCUUUAGUUAUGAAAGACCAAUUAUAUUAUGUACCUGUAGUUAAUAAACUUAUAUCAAUAAAGUGUGUUUUUCCCA